UGAUUCGUGAAUCGUGUUUCAUUUCGUUCUUCGUCCGUGUGUGUCGCUGACAGCUUGUGACAGGCUGAGAAACAAUUUUUCGAAUUUCUGUGCCUUUGUGCGGGCCAAUUUCUUUCUUUGUUUGUUGUGUUUAUACAUAGAAAUAAAUCAAAUCUUACAUUGUUAUCCUAGUUAUAAUUUUGGUGCUGUGCAUGUGUUAAUAAAUUAAAAAGUCAGCUGUACAACAGCUGAUUGUUGUGAAUAUUUUAAUUUCGAUAUCCUAAAAGGCAAAACAAUUCCUAAAUGGUUAAGUACUUAACUAUAUGUUUAGAUAACUGUGAUAUACAGUCACAAUAAGUGCCAAAUAUAGAAAUUAAAUUAAUAUAUAAGCUAAUCAAACAUGGAUCCUGGAUAUUUUGAUAUUGAGAGGAAGCAGAACCCGAGGGAGACUGCUAGUUUUCUGUCGAAGUUUUGUUUCUGGUACACAAGGCCGAUUUUCGCGAAAGGCAGGAAAGGUCAGCUGAGCAUAUCAGAUGUUUAUAGAUGUACACCGGGUCACAAGGCGGCGCCGCGCGGCGACACUAUGGGCGUACAAUGGAGGAAACAGUUGCAGAAAAAAGAGAAAGGCAAGCAACCGUCCCUGUUGCGUGCCAUAAUUCGCACUCACGGGACCAAAUUCAUCAUAGGAAAUAUUAUAUACGCCAUACUAGAUGCAUCUAUUAGAUUAUCAAUACCAAUGUGCUUAGAAGGUCUAAUCAAUUACUUCUCUCCGUCCCACGCUGGUGUGAAAGCUAACGAGGCGUAUCUGUACGCUGUCGGCGUAGUCGGUCUAAUGGCACUGAGCGCUAGUUUAGUGCACCCCAUGUUGCUGUGGCUACUGGAUAUGGCUAUGAAAGUGCGCGUCGCUUGCGGAUCACUUAUUUAUAGAAAGCUACUCCGCCUAGAUUUAACCAAAGGAGGGAAAGCGUCAGAAGGUCUAGCGGGCCACGUAGUGAACCUUCUGACGACAGACGCGCAAAGGUUCGACAUGGCCAGUCUGUUCAUGGUGGACCUGGUCCGGACCCCGAUAGAGAGCACCCUGAUAGUCUACCUUAUGUACCGGCAGAUUGGGGUCGCUACCCUCAUCGGGGUCGCGUUUCUACUCAUGUUUAUACCUUUACAGGGUUACCUAGGAAAAAUAUCUAGCAAAUUACGUCAUCAAACGGCCAUACGGACGGACAAUCGUAUAAGACUGAUGAACGAAGUCAUACAAAGCAUCGAGGCUAUCAAGAUGUACGCGUGGGAGAACGCGUUCGCUAAAAUCAUUGGCAAGGCCAGGAAAAAAGAGAUGAACGUAAUAAAAAAAAUGUCAUGGCUACGAGCCGUGAUGAUCUCCUGCGUCAAAUUAAACACCAAAGUUGCCAUUCUACUAAGCAUAAUGUCUUAUACAUCGUUCCAAAAUGAAUUGACAGCUGCUAAAGUAUUCGUUAUAUUUUCGUACUAUGAGAUCCUGAAGUACACACUUGUCGAUUUCCUCCCACUCGCAAUCACGUUCACAUUGGAGGCCUAUGUGAGUGUUAAAAGGAUGCAGGAGUUUCUCCUACUCCCUGAGGUGGAUAACCAGGAUGGAGUGGAUUUACUGAACAUCGAAGAGAAGCUGGUGCAGUCCAAUGGCGUGUUUGAGAAGAUUGGUAAUGGCCAGCAAGCGUACAUCAAAUCGGAGACGAACCUGGAACAGAUGAAGCCGCCGGUACUGAUAGCUAUGAAGGACUACACGGCGCACUGGAAGAACGUGGACGACGAGGGUGUUGAUGGCAAGAUACCGGCUCUUGAGGACAUUAAUUUAACAAUAAAACCAGACACUCUAACGACGGUAGUGGGCACAGUGGGGUCUGGCAAGUCCACGCUACUGCAGGCGAUGUUGAGGGAACUGACGCCCACCGCGGGACAUCUCCACGUCCACGCCAUCGUGGCGUACGCCUCGCAGGAACCGUGGCUGUUCGAGGCUUCUGUCCGUCAAAACAUCCUCUUCGGUCAGGACAUGGACCUGCGCAGGUACAAGCAGGUGAUCAAGUGCUGCCAGCUCAAGACUGACCUGGAGAUACUGCCACAUGGAGACAAGACUGUCGUGGGGGAACGAGGUGCCUCUCUCUCGGGCGGGCAGCGCGCCAGGAUAUCGUUAGCGCGGUGCGUGUACCAGAACGCUGACGUAUAUCUGCUCGACGAUCCACUCGCUGCUGUCGAUGCUAAGGUGGCCCAAGCGAUAUACGAGGAUUGCAUCCGUAAUUUCCUCCGCGACAAGGCGACAGUGCUGGUCACCCAUCACGUGCAGUACGCUAAACAUGCCCACAAUGUCUGCGUCAUGAGGUCCGGCAGAAUCGUAGCUCAAGGCACAUACCACGAGUUGAAGAAUGGAGUAGCAGAGUUCGAGAAGUUGAUAGAGAUGGGAGAGAAGGUGGAAGAAGAGAAGCAGAAGCAGAAGAGUUAUGAGAACACUGAGAGCGUGGAACACAGUUACAACAAGCUUCGCUCUCAAAGGUCUAUGUCUGAAGCGUCGCAGCUGUCUUUCAACCUGGAUCUAGAUAACAACCUGGAUCCGAAAUAUGAAGGUGAAAGUCAAAAGAAAGGUUCAGUGGACAACAGCGUGUACGUGGCUUACAUCCGUAGUGGAGGGAGCACGCUGUCGAUGGCUCUGCUGAUACUACUGUUCCUACUGGCGCAGUUCUUCUACUCCUCCACCGACGUAUGGCUGAAGGAAUGGGUAAACUUAGAAGAAGCGAACAGCGCAAUAACCGUAGCUAACGCGGCGAAUACAACACAAACGACGAACACUACUGGAGAAGCACCUGUAGUGCCGCCGGUAACAAACUUUGAAGAUAUCCCAUCAAACCGGUUCCACCUGACCCGGGAGCAGUGCCUGUACAUCUACGGCGGGCUGAUCGGUAUCUGCAUAGUGUUCACGUGGAACAAACUCGUCAUAUUCUACAACACCUGCAUCAGGGCAUCCGUCGCUCUACACGACAAUAUGUUCAGGGGAGUGACGAGUGCUCCGAUGUGGUUCUUCCACCACAAUCCUUCAGGCCGUAUCCUCAACCGGUUCUCGAAGGACAUGGGGCAGGUCGACACCUUACUGCCCGUCGCACUCGUCGACUGUCUCGGGUUCUUCCUAGAAGUGAUAGCGAUCCUGGUGGUGGUGUGCCUGGUGAACUGGUGGCUCCUGGUGCCGACGGGCGUGGUGGCCGUGCUACUGUUCCUGCUGCGGGACCUGUUCCUCAAUACCAGUCGGGAGCUCAAGAGGAUCGAGGCUAUUGCUCGAAGCCAGUCCCUCAACCACCUUCAAGCGACGGUAUCAGGCCUAACCACCAUCCGCGCCGCCAGACAACACCAGCGCACUCUAGCGAGGGAAUUUGACAAACAACAGGACCUUCAUUCGUCUGCCUGGACCCUAGUCCUGAAUACUAAUCGAGCAUUUGGUUUCUGGAUGGACAUGAUCUGCUGUUUAUAUCUCGCUUUUGUGACCUUCAGCUUCUUUUUGUUCGCGUCUGAAGGUGAGUUCUUUAUUUGGGCGUUAGCUAUUCAUUCAUGUUUUCAGGUUGAAAGGAUACUAGAAUAUACAAAUCUGCCUCCUGAAAACCCAGUAGAUGUCGACAAGGACGCACUGAAGAAGGAGCACCCAGAACUUGACUUCGACAAGUGGCCGACGAAAGGUGAAAUAAUAUUCGAGGACGUGUCCUUGGAGUAUGAGAAGCCCCCGGGUGCAGGCGGAGAGGCUGCGUACGCUAUCAGAGGAGUGAACUUUACAGUCAACGCGGCUGAGAAGGUCGCUGUAGUGGGACGGACUGGGGCAGGGAAGAGCUCUCUACUGAGUGCGCUGUUUAGACUAGCCCGCGUGUCGGGCUCGGUCCGCGUGGACGGCGUGUCGGCGCAGGCCGCGGGGCUGCGCGCGUGGCGCUCCCGCCUGUGUGCGCUGCCGCAGCGCCCUGCACUGUUCGCGGCCGCACUCAGGGACAACCUCGACCCGGAGGGGGUCUAUACUGACGCUGACAUAUAUAGGGCGUUGGAUCAGGUGGAACUACGCGAAAUGGUAAGCAAGAUGCCAGCCGGCCUGAAUACUAAGGUGGGGGACGGAGGGGGGAACCUCUCCGCGGGACAGAGACAACUCAUCUGUCUCGCUCGCGCCGCCCUCGCAGGGUGCAAGGUUCUAGUACUGGAUGAGGCAACUGCCAAUGUUGAUACUGACACGGACAAGCACAUUCAGCGCACGAUCCGCACAAAGUUCGCCCAGUCCACAGUACUCACCAUCGCGCACAGACUCAACACUGUCAUGGACUACGACCGAGUCAUUGUUAUGGACAAAGGUCGUGUGGUGGAGUCGGGGCACCCAUUCGAGUUACUGACGCAGGCCAGUACUCAACGGAAGGAUGACACCGCCACAGUGCCCAGGAACAGGAUACUGUCUAAGAGUCAAGCGCCGCUAGCAAUCCCCGAGAACUUCACGUUCGAGCCGAGUACAGCGCCGAGUACCGACCAGAACGAAACACUCGUGUUGGCUAGAGACAGGAUACGGACUUAUUCUGGACGGUCGGAGGUAUCAGAGCCAGAGAGCGGCGGUAUCUUCAAGGCGCUGGUGGAGCAGACCGGGCAGGAGACUGCCGCCCUACUGUACAAGAUGGCUGAAGAGAGCUACAACAAAAUGCUGGAAUCGAAGAAGAAUUCGUGAAUUUACACAAAAAUGUACUGUCUCGAUACAUUCCUGCCUAGUGCCUUAACGCAACGGUAGCGUAAUGUAGGUAUAUCCUAUCAGAUAUAUUACACAAUAUAUUUACAGGAAUUUUUUACACGAAAAUAUGAAACAAAAAACCUAAAAAUUCCUAUUAAAAUGAGAAUUUAUUAAAAGUUUAAAAAACAACUAGCGCGCCGCGGCUUUAUUUGUAUUGUCUUGUGUUAAAAGUAUAUUUGGUUGUUCUCAUAAACAACCCCUAAAUCAUCUCUUAACUAAGAAUUACUUAGCAUGAGACCCGUGCUGUUAAGUGUCACCUACAAGUUGAUGAAACUCAAAAUCCCCCGCGCCCGUGUACGCCGGGCCAUAAUGUUACAGUUGAUACAAGUUGUUAUUUAAACGACAUGCAUUUAAUACAGUCAGGAUUGGUGAAUUUGCAUUGAAUAUGUGAAGUUUAAGACAUCACUAAUAAUUAUAAUUUAAUUAUAAUAAAGGCUAUCGGUUUCUUGCUCACUAGAUGUCGCUAACAUAGUUCGAAGUCUGUCCAAUCACUGUAGCUUUCAAAUUAAAACUGUCCAAUAAUUUGACGCUCGCUAAUUUCCUAUUGGAUAAACAGUACAUCUUGCUACUUUAGCCCCAUCUGGUGCGCAAACAAACGAUAGUCCUUUAUUACUGAAUAUCCCCGAAUAUGUUGAAUUCAUAUUUAAUUUUAUGUAAUUGAAUUUGUAAUACAGCAAUUCCCAAUAUUCCCGUGUGUUAGGGAAAAGCAGGAAUUGCUGUGAAUGUUUUUAUUUGAAUAAUGUACUAUUAUUGAAUUAUUUUAUUAUAAUU